AAAGAUAUACAGAGAGGGGGUGAAAAAGAAAGAGAGCUAAGGAGAGACAGAGAGGAAACGAAAGAGAAGGAGAUAGAGCACCGGUGGGUUACCACACCCAACCGCGCCGGGGACCGAGUGAACAAGCGAACGAGCCGUACGAGAGCUCUCUCGCGAGUAGUACGCGGGUACAGCGAGGGACCCAGGGACCGACGAUCGAGAUUCGACAGGGUACAAGUCGGAACUCUUUAGAUCUCGAUCUAACGGACCUCGCUCUCGCGAAAUUCCUCUCUCACCGGAAUCGUCGAAAUCACGCCGCGACGAAAAGGCUAAACGUGUACGCGCGUGUCCCCCCCGCUUCCUCGACAUCUCUCGCGAGUGCGUUUCACGUUUCGUCGUAAAAACGUGUGUGUGUGCAUAAAGAAGGUUAAAGGUAAACGGAUAAUAAGUGUGAAACAGAAGCGAAGGAUCGAGGGAAGCGACGAGAAAAGAGAGAAAAAAAAAACCGAGGCGUAAAGAAGCCGACACAUAGAGAGAGAGAGGAUAGGAGAAGAGACAAGCUACCGGCCGAGGUUGGUGCGUGUGCGUACAUGUGUUGAUGUGUCGCUGGCGUCGUCGAGCCCUGCCAGGAGUGCUCUGUCGCCGCGUGUGCCGAAGUUGUUGAGAAUACGGAGAUCCCGGAGCCGCAUCCGUUAAGUUUACGCUCGCGUUUACGUCGUCGCCGCCGUCGUCGUCUUUGUGGACAAGUGUCGGUGGUGAACCGUGCUAGUGGCGGUAGUGGUGGUGGUGCGAACGAUUGAGAAUUUCGUUGGUUCCGCCAGGACGAGAGGAAAGGAAACACGAGAAGAAAGCCACGAGGACGGCGACGAGACGUCGUCGCUCGUUCGCGGUAGCAAGGUAAUAUCGGCCCGACGACGAUACCGAGCCGUCGAGCCCACUGCUGUCUACGACAAACCUCGCCGCUCGGCAAUCACUCGUCACUACCGCAAAUCGCUCGUUCCCUCUCUCCCCUCCUCCCUCCCUCUCCCUCCCCCUCUCCCUCUUCCUUCUCCUCCUCCUCUUCCUCUUCAUCCUUCUUUUCCACCUCUUUCUAUUCAUUUUUCUCCUCUCUUCCUCCUCCGUCCGUCAAGGAUCCUGCCGUCCUGAGCCAUGGCGUGCUGCCUGUCGGAAGAGGCGAAGGAGCAGAAACGAAUCAAUCAAGAGAUCGAGCGGCAACUACGAAAGGACAAACGAGAUGCCAGGCGGGAACUCAAAUUACUACUUUUGGGUACUGGUGAAUCCGGCAAAUCCACCUUCAUCAAACAGAUGAGAAUCAUUCACGGCUCUGGUUACUCGGACGACGACAAGAGGGGGUUCAUCAAACUCGUCUAUCAAAACAUUUUCAUGGCCAUGCAGUCCAUGAUCCGAGCCAUGGAACUUCUCAAAAUCCAGUACGGGGAAUCUUCGAAUAUAGAAAAGGCAGAACUUGUACGGAGCGUAGAUUUCGAAACGGUCACAGCGUUUGAGAGUCCAUACGUAGAAGCAAUCAAGGAUUUGUGGGCAGACGCUGGCAUCCAGGAGUGUUACGAUCGCAGGCGAGAAUAUCAGCUCACAGACUCCGCUAAAUAUUACUUAAUGGAGAUAGAUCGAGUCGCGGCACCAAACUACCUCCCCACAGAACAGGACAUUCUUCGCGUGAGAGUGCCCACUACCGGUAUAAUUGAAUAUCCUUUUGACUUGGAAGAGAUCCGAUUUAGUUAUCUUAGUGAUCUAGAACGUAUCGAAAAGCCCGACUUCCUUCCUACCGAACAAGACAUUCUUCGGGCCCGAGCUCCCACAACUGGCAUUAUAGAAUAUCCGUUUGAUCUGGACUCCAUCAUAUUUAGGAUGGUAGAUGUUGGUGGACAGAGAUCAGAAAGAAGAAAGUGGAUUCACUGUUUCGAAAAUGUUACUUCUAUAAUCUUCUUAGUAGCCUUAAGCGAAUAUGAUCAAAUUUUGUUUGAGUCGGAGAACGAGAAUCGAAUGGAGGAAAGUAAGGCACUGUUCAAAACAAUCAUCACAUAUCCUUGGUUUCAACACUCCUCAGUCAUUUUGUUCCUAAACAAAAAAGAUCUGCUUGAAGAGAAGAUUAUGUAUUCCCAUCUUGUUGACUAUUUUCCUGAAUACGAUGGCCCACAGAGAAAUGCCUCAACUGCUAGAGAAUUCAUUUUAAGGAUGUUUGUCGACUUGAAUCCAGACACUGAGAAGAUCAUUUAUUCACAUUUUACAUGUGCCACAGAUACUGAAAACAUCAGAUUUGUAUUUGCAGCAGUGAAAGACACCAUUCUCCAGUCAAACUUAAAAGAGUACAAUUUGGUUUAGAUGACAAUAUAUAACACUCAAGAUGGAUUUAAAAAUUUUUCUUAUACCCUGACCAAGGUAUUAGUGUGAAUUCUGUCAAGUUACAAAUGAAGAAGAGACGAAAAAAAAAAAAGCAGAAAGUAAACAGUAAUUUUGUGGUGCCAUCAACGUACUGUUGCUGCUCCAUUACAAGUGUACCAACUAAUUAGUAAAAUUUAUGACGGAGGUAACAGCGAUGAACAAAUAUGGACCUAAA